CGGCGGAAGCGGAAACGAGCCUUCUCUUCUCCGCCAGUGUUCGCAGCGCAGCGGCACAUGUGCGAGCGAGAUCAUAAUAAUUGAUCAAAAUGCGCAUCGAGAAGUGUUAUUUCUGCUCGGCUCCGGUGUAUCCGGGACACGGAAUGAUGUUUGUGCGCAACGACUGUAAGGUUUUCAGGUUCUGUCGGUCCAAAUGCCACAAAAACUUCAAGAAGAAGCGAAACCCAAGAAAGACCAGAUGGACUAAAGCGUUCAGGAAGUCAGCAGGCAAAGAGCUGACGCUGGAUAACGCACUGGAGUUUGAGAAGCGAAGAAAUAUUCCUGUCAAAUACAACAGAGAGCUCUGGAGCAAGACCAGUGAGUGCACUCACCCUCACACACACACACUCUCACACAGAACAUUUGCAUAUUUCCUCAGGCUGAAGAGUGGCAAAGCGCUGGAGAAGGCGGCAGCUAUCAGUGAAGUCAAGAAGAACAUUCACCUCAUCAGAGCUCCACACGCAGGUCAAGCCAAACAGCUGGAGGACAAGAUGGUCCAGAAGCUGGCAGAAGACGUGGAGAUGGACGAGUGACGCGAAGAAACCGCUGCUCAUUUGGACUUUCACAAUGUUUCUGCUUUAACAUGUUGAGAAUUAAAGAUGUGGCCGCUCCUGAUCUGCAUAAACAUGAAUAUCGAUCAGAAUCCAGCAGGUUCUCCAGGAUUAAUCCACUUUAAAACUUCCUUCCUGUCGCUCUAGCGGCUGAAUAUUAAGUGUUGUGAUAACUAUCCAUCCACCUCAGUAUGUACAUGACCUUUAUGGACUUUGAGCAAAAUACAAUCCUAAUAAAAAAAGUUUCUGAUCAUUUUGAAAAUGUGAUAUUUUUCAUGUUUCUAAAGGCCUAGCUGCCACAUAUGCAGAUUUGCAUUGAAAU